UCCCCUUUCUACUUGUGUGUGUUGGGAAUUGCAGACAGUGCCUGGGAUUUUCAGUGGCUCUUGUGUGAUCAGGCCCCAGAAUCCAGUUAUAGACACAGAAUUAUUUGAUACAUGGUGCAAACCGACUGGCAAAUGUUGUGCAUAUAAUACUCAGCCCCUUGAAUCAAGACGAGAGAGAGAGAGCGUGGUACCUUCAGGGAAAAACAGAAUCCUCUUGAGAAGAGAGCUGUUUAGGUUUGGUUUAGGGAAGUUUGUUUGGUCUAAUCCUUUUUCCUGCCUGUGCCCACCUCAUAUCAGUAAAUAAUGAAUAUCCCCAGGUCGCUUAUUCAUGAAUAUCUCCCCUGGAGAUGAACAGUGAUAAUCUCACCAGCCUGUCCAAUUGCAACCCAGACUUGCUGUGAACCACACAAGAAAGCCAGGCCGGGUUGCUGCAGCCUGUGUGCCCUGAGCCAAGGUUCUGCUGCGUCUCUUUCCAGGUCCCCAAACACGGAUUCCCUGGCUGUCCCAGGGACAAUGCAGCAUUAACACAACGGGGGAUCAGUCUCUACACAAAAAGUGCCAACAUGAGGGAGAAGAGGCUCACCACUGAGCCUCCAGAUAUAACAGAAGAUGCAUUUGAAGAUUAUUUAGCGACAGAUGAUAUGCUUGUGAACUACUUUAAUGAAUUCUUGAAUCUUCCAACCUUUGCAGAGCCAGUUAAGUUUAAUCCUGAUUUUGGCGUUUUUGAAGUAGUUAAUGAUACCCCACAAUGUCUGGAAAGCCAGCUGAAAAAAAUUCUACAUAAUCAGAAACCUCCCAGUCCCAUUUAUGAUGUUACAAGGAAGGCAAAGAAUGAUGGGCAGCUUUCCAAAAAGAGCAGCAUUUUUCCAGACUUCACUGUUGACCCAAAUUACAGUAUUAUGCGUCUUGAGCGAGAACAGGGAAUUCAGUGGAUUAAGAAAGAAAGACUCCCAGCCUUUCUAAAAAGUGAUUGUUACUUUGAAUACAGGUUAGCUAAACUGCUUUCGCAGGUAGAAUGGAGCAGAACUGGUAUUAACUUCAUUAUAGAUACAACGUAUUAUCCCUGGAUUAUGAAAAGAGAGCUGACACCUCCUUUUCCUGAGGAGGAUGAAGAGGAACUAAUUAUGAGAAAGUUCUAUGUUUCACUUGGCAAGGCUACAGUUACUCAGACAAAGGAUUGGUUUACACUAGCCAAAAAAAGUCAGCAAACAACAACUACAGAUACAAUUACUCAUCCUUUAGUUUCCACUCAAAUUCAAGGCACACAGUAUUGGUCUACAGGCCCUCAGAGAACUAUUGCAUACAACCACAAGGUCAGCCCAGAUUCCGUUCCUUCUCAAGGCACAUGUAGUUUUUCUGCUCAGUCUUACACAGCUGAUUUAUACAGCAGUAGCAGCAGUAAUCUAGGAGUGGAUUCCCUGGAUAUGGAAUACAGUCAAAGGAGUCUCCCCAUCCCCCAGAGGACAGGAACUGCAAAAACUAACAAUGUUAGAGGGAGAUCCAAAAGUACAGAGGUUGACACUUCUGUAUCCAUUGCUGACACUCCUUCCCACACUAUGUUAAGAGUAUACCUAGACCAGAAAUGGGAGAAUGGUGCUGAGGAGAAAGAAAAUCUGGAAUACGAUGGUAGACAGGAAAUGGCAGCUUUUCAAACAUUAGACGAGUUUACAUCAGCUUAUAUUCAGUAUAUAGUGAAUGAAUCAGUUUCAAAACUGACGGGAGAACCGGCCGCUAAGAGCAAGACUGAUAUGAACUUCAGUAAACUGUCCAAAGUAUUUAUACAUGAGUUAUCAAAUAAUCAACUUUCUGCUACUGCUGCAGAGCCACUUACUUCUCAGAAUAUCUCUCCGUCCAACAAGUUAGACUCCAAAGGACAUUGCAUAAAACAGGAGACUGAAGAAGUGAGUUCAAGUUCAAGGUCUGAAAGUGAUGUCACAGACAGUCGGGCUGCCUGGUGUACCAGUCACAGAACUUAUGAUAUUGGCAACAGAAAUGAGUUUGAAAGAUUCAAGAAGUUCAUAAAAGGAACUUUGGGUGAAAGGUACUGGUGGCUCUGGAUGGACAUUGAAAGACUAAAGGUCCUUAAGGACACUAGAAGGCAGCAAAGACAGCUUGAUAAAAUGAAAAAACUCUAUCUAGUGAGCAGUGGCGAUUAUUUUCUCAACUCAGAAGUCUUAUUCAAACUGGACCUGCUACUUGGAGACCAGUGGAAUACAAGACACUUAAAAUGGAUUCAGCCUGAAGUAGUGAAACCUUUACUUCUUUACUGGGGUCCCAGAUUUUGUGUCACUCAUACAGCUGCAGUACAAACUGCCAGUGCAAAGUUGAAGCAGUGGCACACCUCUCAUGAGAGACCAAGGACGGAUAUUGAUCCUUACCCACAAAUGGUGACAUUGUUACCACUGAGAGCUAAAUCUUGCAUUCCAAGGAUAGCACCUUCCCAUCCUCAGAGAAAUGAAACCAGCUCACCCACAACCUUAUUAAAAACAAAUGUGACGAAUUUAUCUUCUAAGAGAGCUACCAGAUUAUUGUCAGCUACCCUGCCACCAAGUGGAACCAUCACAAAGGAUGAUUUCUACAGCGUAACCAGUAAACCUGAUGUUAGUAGAAAAAGGCCAAAAUCAGUGGGAAGCAACAUGACUCGACUCUUGGCUGUUACUGAUGAUACAAAAUGCCUGAAGUCCCAAACAGAUAGAAAAUACACCUAUGCUGAGCUGCUCCCAGGUAAAAGUCCUACAGAGAGUGUUGUCCUAGGGAGUUCUAAAAUGGAAUGUAUGCUGCAGUCUCUUUAUGUGGAGAACAGAGCAGGCUACUUCUUCACACGCUUCUGUGAGAAGUCAGGGAAUGAGCUGUGGAAGAACAGUGCGUACUUUUGGUUUGACCUACAGGCUUAUCAUCAACUUUUCUACCAAGAAACCCUUCAGCCUUUUAAACUAUGCAAGCAAGCUCAAUUCCUUUAUGCCACUUACAUUGCUCCUUCUGCCAGCAUGGAUAUUGGACUGCAACAGGAUAAGAAAAAUGAGAUUUAUCAGAAAACUGAGCCACCUUAUGAGGAUCUUUUUGACCCAGCAGAAGAAUAUAUCCUCACCCUUCUGCUGGUACCAUGGAUGAAAAUGGUGGAAGUAGACAAAUCCAUUUAUGGAAAGGUGGAGCUGGUGGAAGAAAGUCGACAGCUGGACUCAGUGUACUUUAGAAAGCUACAGGCUUUGCAUCAAGAGAGUGUUUCCAAGAAGGAUGAGAGUAUUGUUCCUGAAGUCAGUCCCCUACCUCAGCCUGAUGUUCUCAGAGAAGCACAGCUCUUAAGUGAAGUCCCUGAGGAAUACAGAGGCUGGAGCCUUCACGACCUGAUCCGCAAUGGACUUGAGUUAGAACAGUUCCGACUCUUUCUUGAAGAGCAUUCUGCCGUCAUGGAUCUCAUGUGCUGGAUAGACAUUGAACAAUUCAGAAGGAUGCUCCACAAGGAAAAAGAAAAAAGAGAGGAAAAAUCUAAAGAUAUUAAAAACAAGUACCUAAAUAAAAAAUACUUCUUUGGACCCAAUAGUCCAGCUACAAAAGAACAACAAGACCAGCUAAUGCAGUCAGGUGGAGGCUGGGGACACAUACUUCAUGAUCGACUUUCCUCAGCAGUUCUGCUAGAAAUUCAAAAAUACGUCCAGAUGAGGCUAGAAAAAAAGUGGCUGCCGUUGUUCCUGGCAAAAGAACAAUCUGGGGCACGUAGAAAAACAAAGCCACAGAUAAGGGACAUAGCUGAAGAUCUCCUAAUCCAGAGAAAUGAGAAGAAGAUUGGGUCCUGGAAGUGGGCUUAUUGGGACAAGCUGUUCAUUCCAGCAUCUGGUAGUUUAUUUAUUAUUGAGAGUGGAUUACAUGCAGACACAAAAGAGAAUGUGAAGUAUGCAGCAGAAUGGCAUGUGGACAAUAAGUGGGUUUCUUCAUCUAGAGAAAUAAUCAUGUUCCGUAAAGCGCUGCUGAAUCCAGUAACAGCAUUACAGUUUCAGCGCUUUGUGUCUUUGAAAGGAGAUUUACUGGAGAACGGAGUGCUCUUCUGGCAAGAGGUUCAGAAAUAUAAGGAUUUGUGCCAUUCUCACUGUGAUGAUGCCACUAUUCAGAAUAAGAUCACAGCUAUCAUCAACUGCUUUAUUAAUUCCACCAUCCCACCAGCUCUGCAAAUUGACAUCCCACAAGAGCAAGCUCAGAAGAUUAUCGAGCACAGGAGAGAACUAGGGCCAUAUGUAUUUAGAGAGGCGCAGAUGACUAUUUUUGCUCUUCUGUUUAAAUUUUGGCCAAAAUUUUGUGAAUUUCGAAGCAAUUUGGCAGAUGAGAAAAUUUUGCCUACUUUGGAGAGAAAAAAGGAAAAGAAGAGACAAAAAUUUAAAAGAAAAACAACAGAGGAAAGACUCGCACUUGUAAAGCAAGUGAAAAAAGUUGUCAGCUUAUCAGAAAGUAUUUCUGUGGAUGACACCAGUAUGGGUAGAGGAACACCUUCAUCUGUAACUGGAUAUGGACGACAGGUUUCCUGGUCUUAUUCCAAGUACAUAGAAGCCCUCGAGCAGGAGAGAGUACUCCUUAAAAUACAAGAUGAUCUGGAGAAAAGGACAUCAUUAUUUUCUACAGGUUUCUCAUCCACGACCUAUUUGAAGCCAGACGUCACUGCAAAUCCAGAGAAAUCCAUCACUUCAUCAAACACUAGUCUGAUUUGGGAGAAACAGUCCAAUCUUCCCAAAGAUGUGGGAAGUGAGUCCCAAAUAGUUAAUAAUUUGCUUCUGUUUGGUAUUCAUAGUUGAAUUACAUCCUUGGAUUCUGAAAUUCUCAGAUUAUGACUCAGAGCUAGCUAGAGACUAACUCUGGGCAUGUCUGCACUACCCGCCGGAUCGGCGGGCAGCGAUCAAGCCAGUGGGGGUCGAUUUAUCGCAAUCCUUGAGUGCUCUCCUGUCAACUCCU